AUGGAGGACGGUGACAAAGUAGUAUUAUGGACUUUAGAGGAGGAGCCUAGAUGUUUCUGUGAUUCUGGGUUUGGACAGCACCCAGUCCCUGUGUGUGUUCUAUCCUCCUCCCCACCACUGUCUUGGUUGAGUCAAGCUCUGCAGGAUGGGGUAUGUCUUGGAGAGGCGGUCGUGCAAAGCGAGCUGUUUUUUUGGGUGUUUUACCCCCACCCUUUCUUGCAGGAAGACCAAGGGAUUUAUCACAGCAAAGUCCGGGACAUGAUCAGCGACAACCAGUAUCGCCUCCUCGUCAGCAUCAACGACCUGCGGCGGAAGAACGAGAAAAGGGCCAACCGGCUCUUGAGCAAUGCCUUUGAGGAGCUGAUUGCCUUCCAGCGUGCCCUGAAGGAUUUUGUUGCCUCGGUCGAUGCCACCUACGCCAAGCAGUAUGAGGACUUCUACAUUGGGCUGGAGGGCAGCUUUGGCUCCAAGCAUGUGUCACCACGGACCCUGACUGCCUGUUUCCUCAGCUGCAUUGUCUGUGUGGAGGGCAUCGUGACAAAAUGCUCUCUGGUUCGUCCGAAGAUCGUCCGGAGUGUCCAUUAUUGCCCAGCUACCAAGAAGACCAUUGAACGCCGAUACACAGACAUGACCUCCCUGGAUGCUUUCCCAUCCAGCUCUGUCUACCCUACAAAGGAUGAAGAGAAUAACCCCCUGGAGACAGAGUUUGGGCUUUCAGUCUACAAGGACCAUCAGACCAUCACCAUUCAGGAGAUGCCCGAGAAGGCACCAGCAGGGCAGCUGCCACGCUCAGUGGAUGUCGUUCUGGAUGAUGACCUGGUGGACAAGGUGAAGCCUGGGGACCGCAUCCAGGUGGUGGGGACGUACCGCUGCCUGCCAGGAAAGAAGGGGGGUUACACUUCAGGGACUUUCAGGACUAUCCUCAUUGCCUGCCAUGUGAAGCAGAUGAGUAAAGACAUCCGGCCUCUCUACUCUGCUGCUGAUGUGGCCAAGAUCAAGAGAUACAGCAAGAGUCACUCCAAGGAUAUCUUUGACCAGCUGGCGAGAUCCCUGGCUCCCAGCAUCCAUGGACAUGAGUACAUCAAGAAGGCCAUUCUCUGCAUGCUGCUUGGAGGGGUGGAGAAGGUCCUGGAGAAUGGGAGCCGCAUCCGAGGAGACAUCAACAUCUUGCUGAUAGGAGACCCUUCUGUGGCCAAGUCUCAGCUGCUGCGGUACGUGCUCAGCACUGCGCCCCGCGCCAUCCCCACCACCGGCAGAGGCUCCUCCGGCGUUGGCUUGACUGCUGCUGUCACCACGGACCAAGAAACCGGCGAACGGCGCCUGGAAGCAGGGGCCAUGGUGUUGGCUGACCGGGGGGUGGUGUGCAUUGAUGAGUUUGAUAAGAUGUCUGACAUCGACCGCACAGCCAUCCACGAGGUGAUGGAGCAGGGCCGCGUCACCAUCGCCAAGGCUGGCAUCCAUGCCCGCCUCAACUCCCGCUGCAGCGUCCUGGCAGCAGCCAACCCCGUCUACGGCCGGUAUGACCAGUACAAGACACCCAUGGAGAACAUUGGCCUGCAGGACUCCUUGCUCUCCCGUUUUGACCUGCUCUUCAUCGUGCUGGACCAGAUGGACCCCGAGCAGGACAGGGAGAUCUCGGACCACGUCCUGCGGAUGCACCGCUACCGCAACCCCAACGAGCAGGACGGGGAUGCCAUGCCCCUGGGCAGUGCCGUGGAGAUCCUAGCUACGGAGGACCCCGAUUUCGUGCAGGAGGAGGAACAGGAGCUCCAAGUGUAUGAGAAACAUGAUGACCUCCUGCACGGGCCCAACCGCCGCAAGGAGAAGAUCGUCAGCAUGGAGUUCAUGAGGAAAUACAUCCAUGUGGCAAAGAUGAUUAAGCCCGUCUUGACCCAGGAGUCUGCGAGCUACAUCGCGGAGGAGUACUCCCGCCUGCGCAGCCAGAGCCAGAUGAACUCGGACAUCGCCAGGACCUCCCCUGUCACAGCCCGUACCCUGGAGACCCUGAUCCGCCUCUCUACAGCCCACGCCAAGGCCAGGAUGAACAAGACUGUUGAUCUGCAGGACGCGGAGGCGGCUGUGGAGUUGGUGCAGUUCGCCUACUUCAAAAAGGUGCUGGAGAAGGAGAAGAAGCGCAGAAAGCAGGCGGAGGAUGACUCGGAGACUGAGAAGGAGGAGGAGGAGGAGUCGCAGCCCAAGGAGGAGGGCAGGACAAGGAGGAGAAAGAAGGCACGCACAGGAGGUGAGGGGGACUCUUACGACCCGUAUGACUUCAGUGACGCUGAGGAGGAGAUGCCGGAGGUCCAGGCACACGCUCCGAAGACAGGCGAAGCGUCGGCCACUGGCGAAGCAAAGAAGCUGGAGCUGCCUGAGCCGAGGCUGAAAGCGUUCAAGGCCGCUCUCCUGGAGGUCUUCAAAGCUUCCCAUGCCCAGUCUGUGGGUCUGAAGAAGGUGAUGGAGUCCAUCAACCGUGACAACCCUGAGCCCUUCUCAGUGGCUGAAGUGAAGGUGGCGCUGGCCCACAUGCAAGAUGACAACCAGAUCAUGGUGUCCGAUGACAUUAUCUUCUUAAUCUGAGCCUCUGGGCAGAAUAACCCAAGUUCUUGUGGACUCUCAGCUUGGAGACUCUGUUUGCAUUCAACUCUUUCCUGAACGCUUCACGUGGCUGAGCUGAACUUGUGGGAGCUCAAGUCUGUGCACUUUACAGUCCUUCCUUGCUGUGCAUUGCUGGCACCAAAAAAGCCAGGAGCUCUCAAAGCUCUCAUACUAUUGCUGCCUUCAAACUGGAGUAGAGGAAGGUGUUACUGCGAGGAGGUGAAAGAAAAUUUUAGGUGCAAACUAUCAAUGUUCUUAAUGUAUUGUUUUUAGCUUUAGAGGUGAUAGUUCCAGCCUUUGAAUAAAAUCUGGAUUUAAGAGUCCAGCAUUCAAUAGCAGUGGUGGUUAAGUAGUGGUAUGGUGGGUCUACUGUUAAUUGAAGCUUUUAUUUUUCCCCUUUUUCCUUUUUCCCUCAAUUGUAUAGCUUGGGUUUGCUUGUCUCACAAGUAAAGAGGCCUAAUGCCUGUCCUGUUGAC